GCUAAAGACUAGUUCCAAAUCUCUCUCACAUACACACAACAUUAACAAACGAUCUCUGUCUCUCCCUCCCUAUAUUCAUCAAACCAUUCUUGCAUAGUUACACUUCCUUAAUUAUUGUGUUGUGUUUUUUUUUUUUUAACAUUUGAAUCUAUCGAACUGUUUGUGUAAUAAUAAUAAUAAUAAUAAUCAGCCAUGGAUGAAGAGUAUGACGUGAUUGUUCUUGGGACUGGUCUCAAGGAGUGCAUUCUCAGUGGCCUUCUCUCUGUUGAUGGACUCAAAGUAUUGCAUAUGGACAGAAAUGACCAUUAUGGAGGAGCCUCGUCUUCUCUUAACCUAAUGCAGCUUUGGAAGCGUUUCAAGGGAAAUGACCAGCCUAAAGAACAAUUGGGGUCAAGCAGAGAGUACAAUGUUGAUAUGAUACCUAAGUUCAUGAUGGCCAAUGGUAAGUUGGUCCGUGUUCUCAUCCACACUGAUGUUACCAAAUAUCUACACUUCAAGGCCGUAGAUGGUAGUUUUGUAUACAAUAAAGGAAAGAUUUACAAAGUUCCGGCAACUGAUGUUGAAGCACUGAAAUCACCUCUGAUGGGACUGUUUGAGAAGCGUCGUGCUCGAAAGUUCUUCAUUUAUGUCCAAGACUAUGAAGACAAUGAUCCAAAAUCUCAUGAGGGGCUGGAUUUGAACAAAGUUACAGCAAGGGAGCUUAUCGCAAAAUAUGGGUUAGAAGAUGAUACAAUUGACUUUGUUGGUCAUGCCUUGGCACUUCAUAUUGAUGAUAGUUACUUGGAUCAGCCAGCUAUGGGUUUUGUGAAAAAGAUGAAGCUCUAUGCAGAGUCUUUGGCACGUUUUCAAGGCGGAUCUCCUUAUAUCUAUCCAUUGUAUGGUCUGGGAGAAUUGCCUCAGGCUUUUGCACGCUUAAGUGCAGUUUAUGGUGGAACUUACAUGCUUAACAAGCCAGAAUGUAAGGUAGAAUAUGACACUAAUGGGAAAGCCAUUGGAGUGACUUCUGAGGGAGAAACUGCUAAAUGCAAGAAAGUUGUUUGUGAUCCAUCAUACUUACCUGAUAAGGUCCAAAAGGUGGGAAAAGUUGCUCGUGCUAUAUGUAUAAUGAGCCAUCCUAUUCCAGACACCAAUGACUCUCACUCAGUCCAGGUUAUCCUACCACAGAAACAGCUCGGCCGCAAAUCAGAUAUGUACCUCUUCUGUUGCUCAUAUGCUCACAAUGUUGCUCCAAAAGAAAAAUACAUUGCUUUUGUUAUAACAGAAGCAGAAACUGACAAACCAGAGGUGGAAUUGAAGCCUGGUAUUGAACUACUUGGACCUGUCGAAGAAAUUUUCUAUGACACUUAUGACAGAUUUGUUCCCACGAACAACCACGAAGUUGAUAGUUGCUAUAUAUCUACUAGCUAUGAUGCAACAACUCACUUUGAGUCCACUGUAGACGACGUGAUUCAAUUGUACAGUAAGAUUACUGGAAAGGAUCUUGAUCUUUCUGUGGACUUGAGUGCUGCAAGUGCUUCCACUGAGGGAUGAAAUUCUUCCGGCUCAUCAUAUUAUAUGUAUUUUGUUUGAUGGAUUUUGUGCUCCCAAAAGAGUGGUUGCUAUUUAACAAACUUGUUUCUGAACUCAGAUCACAAUUUCAAAGAUUAUACUUUUG